AUGUCCUCAUCUUCAUUCUUCAACAUUGAAAUCAUCGAUGUUAAUCCAGAAUUUAAUCUAUUCUUUUCUCACGUCCCAAUGGCCAACCUAAACUGUGCUUUCUUCAUUUGUUGGCAAGAAUACUCUACAGAAGGCGUACCACUAGACGAAGAGACUACCACUGGGGUGGAGUUUCGGGAAGGGUCCCUCACUCCCCUAGGUAGUAGUUUCAUUCCUGCUAUAUUGCAGGAUCCGCUGGUUAUCAGUAAUAUCCAGGAUGAUCCGCGCAUCGGAGCGCUGAAGCUUGUCAACCCAGGGUAUAUCAAGAGGCCCUUCUUUUCUGGCGUUCUCAAUCAGAAUGGCAGCUUCGUGGCUCAGUGCUCUACCUAUCUCGAACCAUGUAUCCCUGCCGGAACGCACCACGACAAGCACACCAUCAUUCCUAGCGAGAGUUGCUGGUACUUGCUUUGGUUCAAUGACAAGGGCGAUCGGUGGCCACCUUAG